CUCAUUCGGUUCGGUUUCGUUUUGUGAAUUUCGCUUUGAUUUGGUGUAAAGAAAUUUUGUUAAUAAGCUAAACGGGAUUUCUAAAGCGAUGAGCGAUGGCAAAAUGUGAUUGCAAUUUCUUUAUUGAACAAAAUUGCGAGUUUGCCUCAAAACAUUUGUGCCAUAAUUACUUGUGUACGCUAAGUCUUUAGAUAUAUGGACAUAUGUAUAUCUAUAGUGCUCAAAGUGUAUGCUCCAGUUUUUCUGAUUUCCAAAAUAGCAAAACAACACAGAUUUACAAAAUAUUUCAAUUGUGAAAAAUUCAUCAGCUAGCGUGCUAUAAAUAGCUGGUUGAAAUCUUUUUGGCUUCCAUAUUAAUUUUCAGAAUAACUUUACUCGCUGCGAAUCCCCAUACACUUCGGUCAUUCGGCCGAGCACUUUUCGUCCAUAGUAUUCGGUCAACGAGAGUUUGGUUAUUUUCGCAAGUGAAAGUGUGCCUUUUUGUGUGUGUGUGUUGGAGGAUCCCAAAUGGGUUCUGACAAACAUCACCCAAUGCUCAAGUGAAAACCGCAAGUCCUACAAGGCCAAAGAUAAACACUUUUUUUUUGUAUCGAAAGUAAAGACCUUACGCAAAUGCACUGAUAAACAAACAAACAAAAAGCGGAAGACGAUUGAAAAAAUCAUUUAUGAAAUGCAGGAAUUUUGUUAAAUUUGUUGAAGUGUGAUUUUGUUUCUUCGCUGUGAUUUUCGACGUUCUUAACUAAUUUGAAUUUGCUUAUUCUUCUUUGACUGGAGCUAAGAAGUUCACUUAAUUCGGCACGAUAUGAUGCGUAAAACCUGAUUUAUGCAUCUGCCAUCGCACUGAAUUAUGGAUUUAGCAGAUCAAAUCGAUGAUUAUAUUUGUUCAUUUGAAGGAAUUGGUGAUUUAACAAUGGACUCACUAGCAAUGUUCAUAUUUAUUUGGGCUGUAUUAGCCCUCUUCUUAGUAUGGCUGUGUAAAUUUUUAUACAAUAAAUAUGUGGUAAAUAACAACAAAACGCCGACAAGUCAGAGCAACAGUCGGCAGAGCAGUGUGGCGCCCGGUGCUGCCAGCACAACGAAAACUGAAGCAAGCAAACGACUAUCCGAGCCGAGAGAAGUGAUGGCGAGCAAAGCGGAUUUUAAGGACUUAGCUGCCAAACCCGGUGGUGCUGCACGCGGUCGCGCGCCCGGUGGCGGUGCUGCAGGUGCAACUGCUGGUGCUCUCGCACGCCGCCGCAUGGUGCGACAGGGCUCUACUGGACCGGAAAGCCGCAAAAAACGUUAUGUGCCGCCACCCUCUAAUGUUGUUGGACCCGAAACAACUUCCGUUACUUGGACCAGUCAAGUGUUCCGUUGGCUUUACAGCGAUCUUGUGAUAGUCAACGAAUUGCUAACCUCUUGGGUUAUAGCCUUAAAUGAAACUCUGAAGAAAUCGAUGGAAGAGCAUGGCGUCGCAGUGGAGGUGGUGCGCGUGCUGCCCGACAGUCCACCACCCAGUUUGAACAAUAUAUUUUGCAACUGUGAUGAAACGAAUCCUUCAAAUAUGCUGAUCACCUUCGAUUGCGAUGCACAGCCGGUGCUGCAGGUAAAGACGUAUCGUCAAAAGGCGGGCAAGGUUGACACCUCGCAUUACAAAGUGACCAUCUCCCGCUUCCGUGCACGAAUGGCUACCGCCAUGAAUUACAACACACUCAAGGGCGAGAUGAAGGUGGAUGGCUAUCCUGAUAUCCGCGUUGCCAUGAAUAGUGUGGGCGCCAUCAAGCCAAUGGAUCAAGAUGAGCAGCAGCUGCAAGGUGUCAUUAGUGACAUAAUCACCGCCACACUGCGCGACACUGUCUAUCCAGUCGACUUUUCGGUCUACGCAACCUGCCCUCGGGCCGAGAUCGACCCGCUUGACAUGCCUGUAAUAUAUCCCGUCAAUUAUGAUGCGUUAGCGCAAAACUUGGAGGGCUCUAAUUUGUCAGGUCUGCAGCCUAUGAUCUCUGGUCGUCGUUUGCUGGUAAAAAUUGUGAAAGGUGAAGGGCUGGCCGAAGCCAAGGACCCCUACGUUGUGGUGGAAAUGGACGAACCUGCACAAAAGAAUCAAACCGGCGCUCGGCAGGGUGCCACGCCUUAUUGGGAUGAGCAUUUCCUAUUUGAAUUGUCUCCACAAUCAGCGGAGAUUUUAUUCGAAGUAUAUGAUCGGCCUGCUAAUGGCGCCGAAACGGCCAAAUUCCUCGGUUUGGGUUUGGUGGGCAUUGAUGAGUUGGCCGUCGGGCCUGCAUCUACACAAGUGCUGACACUGCAGCCGCGUCCGUAUGAGACGAAUCCGGUGAGUGGCACCAUCACUGUGGACUUUGUGUUCAUUGAAGGUGCCGAAAUACCCGCUGGACCCAAACCGUACAAAUUGAAGGAGGCCCUGAAGAUCAGCACGCCAGUCAUUAACGAGCACAUGAAGAACGGCGCCGGUUUGGCUGAUGCGGCUGUACGCGCCUUACAGGAUGGCGCACUCUCCACAACCGGACAACCCAGCAAGAGCACACUAAUUAUACAUAGCGUCCAAAGGAACCAAAACAAUUCAAAUGCAUUUAAGGUUGAAGUGAACAAGGACGGCAGAAUCGAAGUGAAAGAGUCACCACAGGAAGAAGUCGACGGUGCUGUGACACAAAUUUUAGAAUCCCCAUUAAACGACAAUACGAGCGAAUCGUUGCCCACCGCCAAUACGACAGCGGAUAUCGAGCAAAUACAACAGGAAAUUUCGGUGGCGACGGACAUAACCGCCAGCCCCACAGACUCAUGUCCACCAAACGAUGUGUCUCUAGAUGAAUCGGGUGUGGCAUCAGGUAACAGCAGCGCUUUGGUUGCGUCCAGCGCCGAGUUUGGUCAACCGAAUGCCGCUUCCUCACCACAGGCCCACAAUGGCUACUCACCAUACAAUGGCAACUCGACUACAAACGGUUCACAGAAUUAUGGUUAUCAAAGCAAUAGUUUGUCCCGCAAUGGUGCUGCGACUAGCACACCAUUAAGCAGCGCUGAGCUGGACGAGAGAGGACGGAGUAAGAAACGAAAUUUCUUUGGAACAUUAAAAAAACGUUUAAGUCGAUCCAAAACACGCACCCAUUCGGCUGAUCGUGGCGCUUUGACGCCGUCCCACAAUAAUAACGGUACCACCCCAACAGGAACACUUAACGGUGAUUCACGUUCAUUAUCUGUCGAUCGUGCUGUAUUGUCUAAAAGCAAUUCACUUGGCUUACGCGCUGGUUCGUCACGACUUGAUCACUCAAGGCAAUCUUCAAUUUCAGAAUCGUCCGCAAUCUCAGGUUUCUCGUCAGCCAGCAACAAAACGUACGUACAUGAAGCAUCCACGCUGGUGCUGGAGACGAUCGAGAAUGGCGUGAAGCGGCAUUUCAUUGUGCCGCUGGCAAUCGCACAACGGCCCAGGUGGCGUCGCAAAGGCACAAAACUGCACAUUUACAAUGACCACACCUUUAUCGCCAAACAUUUGAGCGGUGGCGGCUUGCAAUGCCAAGUCUGCAUGAAGUCCAUCCCGCGACGACCGGGCAAGCAGGGCUACGAAUGUCGUGACUGCAAUUUGAUCUGCCACAAACAAUGCCACAUACGCGCACCACAGGCGUGUCCGAAUCCUACAGUGCUUUCAAUGGAAUUAUCGAAACUUAAUUCUGCCGCUGCGGAUCGCAGUAUAAGGAAAUUAUGAAAACGUAUAUAAUGCACAAACAUCCACAACCAUCUAUGAUCCGUCACAAUAGCCUCGGCGCAGCACACCGUACCAGCACCGCAGUAAGAAAGGAACACAUUCGAACUUAUCCACAAAGGUUCCGGGGGACAGGUCGAGCGGUUACAAACAUUUAACGUUUUAUUUUGCUGUUAUUUCAUGUAAUACUUCUAGUUUUUUUUUAAAGAAAUUUUCAAAUACUCGCACACGACAAACUACAUAAUUGAUCAUUGCAAAAAAUUUAGAUGCUAAAAUCUUAAUUACGUCGGAAAUUGCAUGCUAACUAUUUUUUGUUAUAUUUUUUACUUCUCUGUGAAUUUAUUCUCACUUACUUUGUGGUAAAGAAAAUUUUCACUUAUUUGUAUAUUUUUUCAUGGUAAGAUUUUGUUUUAAGUUAUAGUCAUUAUGUUAUUGCAAUUGCAAUAUAUUAACUAAGUCUCUAUCAAAAGUUACAGUUUUUAACAAAUAAUAAAAAUUCCCCGUUAAUUUUUUAAAUUUUGUAAACCAUAAAAAUGGGAAAUUUGUAAAGUUAAAAAAAAGUUUAUAAUUUAAUACUUGUUUAUUUUAAACGUGCAAUAUUCACUAUAUAGUUUAAGUAAAUAAUUUUUUAAGAGCUUCUUUUGUAAUUUUAAAGUUUUUAAAUCUGUAAUUAAAAAAACUUAAAUCACGAAAACUGUACACAUUACAAACUAAACGAUCACAGUACGAAAACACAAAUGAAUGUUCAAAUAACGUAAUUAUUAAAGCGAAUAUGUAUCAGGAAAAAAUAAAAACUGGUGGAUUUUUAAGCGAAACUACAAAA